AUGGAUGUGCUAUCGAUGAGUUCAGCGAUUGAAAUCGAAUCGACAGAAACCGAGUACCGCCUCACCUGGCGGGCCGCUUUGUUGGUGGCGCUGUUCGCAGGCAGUCUAAUGCUGCUGCAUCUUGGGCCAACGCGAACGUUGACGCAUCACGAGGUGCUGUUCGCCCAACCGGCCAAAGAAAUGCUGGCCACAGGGAAUUGGUUCGUUCCGCGCUUCUCCGGGAUUCCCAGCACUUACAAACCGCCGGGGACCCAUUGGGUGUUGGCGGCCACCAUGGCGAUAACCGGCAGCGAGUCGGAAUGGGUCCUGCGGGUUCCCUCGGCGAUUGCCGUGGUGAUCACCGCUCUGAUUGUGGCGGCGAUGACCGCACGGUGGUUCGGCACGCUCACGGGUGUCGUCGCAGGGCUGAUGCAAGUCACGCUGUACUACGUGCUUCAAUUGGGUCGAUUGGCCGAGUGCGAUGUGUUUCUCAUCGCCUGCACCACCGGGGCAUUCUACGCGUUCGCCGCCGGGAACAUCGACAGUCCCCGCGGGCGUUCCGAGGCGCGAUGGCUCCCCUGGCUGUUCUACACCUGUGUGGGAUUGUCCUACCUGUUCAAAGGGCUCGUCGGCCCCGUGUUUACGUUGGCCGCCUGUGGGCUUUACUUGGUCGUGCGGCGAGAAGCUCGCGUGUUGAAGUUUCUGCUGAACCCGAUCGGGAUCGGGAUACUUCUCUGCUGCUCUGUGGGCUGGCUGCUAAUGGCGUACCAGGACUAUCCGAAGAUCAUUAGCGAUCAAAUCCUCAAUCACGUGGGCCGGUUUCAAGGUGAGAUGGAAGGUGGCAAGAAUCCCUUCUUCUAUCUCUACACCAUUCCUUUCAUCCUUCUGCCGUGGACGCCGUUCUGCCUCAUCGGGUUGGUGUGGGCCGCCCGAAGUGAACGCUUCCCAAGGGCUCUGUGGUGGUGGGCAGUAUGUGCCUUGAUCCCGGGCAUCGUGCUGCUGAGCAUGAGCGAGUUUAAAAGCAAACACUACCCGGCCCCAUUAAUGCCACCGCUAACGAUGAUCGCCGCGGUGGCCAUGAUUCAGUACUUCCGAUGGCGGCAACACACGCCGCUACGGUGGCACGUGGUGGCCGCCAUCGCCUGCAUCGUAGGCAACGUGGCCGCAGUUGUGGCAGUCCUGGUACUUCAACCCGACAGCUAUGGCUUGAUCGCCGUGUUGGUCGGGCUGAUCGGCCUGACGCAAGUUUCAAUGAUCUACUUCGAGUAUCGCGGGCAACUGCGGACCGAGUUGGUCACCUUGUUCACCGCCGCCUGGUUUGUGUGUUUGGGGGCCCUGACAUUGGUCUCGCUCGAUCACGAUUCGUAUCGCGACCCGACGAUGCUGGCCCGCAGAGCAAAUGAAGUCAUUCCUGCGAACGAACCGGCGUACAUCGUCGGGCUGUCGGAGAAUCAGAUUACGUUCUACCUCAAUUCGCGGGUCGAUCGUGUGGUCGAGCCGGAGCAGUUCGUCAGAACUCAACCCGGCGAUGGGCCUUGGUAUGUGAUCGCUCCCGAAGACACGAGCGCAGUGCUCGCCGGACAGGGACGUGUCGAGAUUGUCGACCAGUGUGCGUCGAUUCGGCGAGGUGAGCAACCCGGGGAUCGCAUCACGCUGUUUCGCGUCGAUCGCAACCGAACGGCCGAUGCUGGCGAUCCGCGCCGACCCAUCAGUGGUGGUGUCCUCGACGGGCUACGAGAGUGCUCUGACAUGUCUGAUUUGAACAACGCGACUCCAAAUCGCUUGGAUUCGGGAGACGGUGCAAACACCGAGUAUCGCCUGACCUUCGGGGCGGCCGCACUAGUUGCGGUCUUUGCCGGUGGUCUACUGCUGGCGCACUUCGGUCCCACGCGGGCCUUAACACAUCACGAGGUGAUGUUCGCCCAACCAGCGAAGGAGAUGCUGGUCACGGGAAAUUGGGUGUUGCCAAAGUUUGCCGGGGUGCCUUGCACGCACAAACCGCCGGGAACGAAUUGGAUUCUGGCCGCCACCAUGGCGGUGACCGGAAGCCAAUCGGAAUGGGUGGUGCGGGCUCCGUCAGCACUUGCCGGAACGAUCGCUGCAUUACUCGUCGCCGCGAUGACGGCCCGAUGGUUCGGUACGCUCACGGGCGUUGUGGCCGGCGUGAUGCAGGUUUCCAUGUACUAUGUGCUUCAACUGGGUCGCCUGGCCGAGUGCGAUGUGUUCUUGAUCGCCUCAACCACCGGAGCCCUGUUUGCCUUCGCGGUGGCGAACAUCGAAAGCCCCCGCGGACGUUCCGACGCGCGGUGGUUGCCGUGGGUGUUUUACGGCUGCGUGACGCUUUCGUUCCUGUUCAAGGGUCUGGUCGGGCCGAUCUUCACGCUGGGUGCGUGUGGCCUGUACCUGCUUGUCUCGCGUGAAUGGCGGGUCUUUCGGUUCUUGCUGAACCCCGUGGGAAUUGUCCUACUGCUGGUGGUUCCGGCCGGGUGGCUGGCUUUGGCGUAUGGUCAGUAUCCGACUAUUCUGCAUGACCAGAUCGUGCAUCACUUCGGGCGAAUGCAGGGUGAGUUGCAGGGCGAGAAGAACCCCUUCUUCUAUCUGUAUUCCAUUCCCAUGAUCUUGUUGCCUUGGGCACCGUUCUGUCUGAUCGGCACGGUUUGGGCGGCCCGCAGCGAUUCGUUUCCCAAGCCGCUGCUGCGGUUGGCCAUCUGCUGGCUAAUUCCGGGGCUGCUCGUGCUGAGCAUGAGUGAGUUCAAAAGCAAACACUACCCGGCCCCUUUGAUGCCUCCGCUUACAAUGAUCGGGGCGGUAGCCAUGGUCCGCUAUUUUCAGUGGCGACAAUCGAACGCAUGGCAAUGGCAUGUCGCUGCGUUGGUGGCCUGCGUCUUGGGCACCGCUGCCGGAGUGGGAGCGAUUCUGGCCUUUCAGCCUGAGGGUUAUAGGUUCAUCGCGAUCCUGGCGGCCGUACUCGGCUCGGGCAUCCUGUUGAUGAUCUUCUUCGAACUCCGCGGGCACCUGCGGGCCGAACUUGUUGCAAUGUCGAUCGCCACUUGGAUCGUGUGCUCGGGCAGUUUGUACCUGGUCGCUCGACACCACGAUUCGUACCACGAUGCGACGGCCUUGGCCGGAAGAGCCAACGAGCGGCUUUCCGAAGAGGUGCCUGUAUACGUCGUGGGGUUAGUUGAAAAUCAAAUCACUUACUAUCUGAAGUCGCCCGUUGUGCGGGUCGACGAAGUGGACGAGUUGCAGAACACCCAAGUGGGCGCUGGCCCCUGGUACGUGCUGGCCCCGGAAAAGAUGCAAUCACAACUUGCCACCUCCGGCAGAGCGUAUCCGGUGGAUCGCUGCGAUUCGGUUCGUCGCUACAACGCCGAAGGCGAGCGGAUCACCCUGAACACCACAGAGAGCGUUCCCAACAGCAGCACACUAAUCCCACUUAUCGAGGUACCUGCGUUGAUCUCCGUCGUUAUCCCCUGCUUCAACGAAGGCCCCGUGGUCAGGCUGGCGCAUCGGGCCGUGUGCCAAGUGGCCGGGAACUGGAACGACUCGUUCGAGUUGCUGCUGGUCGACGACGGAUCUUCGGACGAUACCUGGGAGAUCAUCCGCGAGCUGCACAACUCUGACCCGCGGGUUGAAGGCAUCCGGCUGGCCCGCAACUUUGGACAUCAGGCGGCCGUAGGGGCGGGGCUGGAACGGGCCUCUGGCGAAGUGGUCGUAGUGCUCGACGCCGAUUUGCAAGAUCCACCCGAGCUGGUUGCAGAGAUGCUCGACCGCUGGGCUGAGGGCUACGACGUUGUGUAUGCCCAACGCAAGCGGCGCGAAGGGGAGACCUGGUUUAAGAAGCUCACCGCCUAUGUGUAUUACCGCCUGCUUGCGCGGACCAGCGAAGUCGACAUCCCCCGCGAUACGGGCGACUUUGCCCUGAUGGAUGCGGCCGUAGUUCAGCAACUCGUUGCGAUGCGUGAACACGCCAUCUACUGGCGCGGGCUGAGAAGUUGGACCGGCGGACGACAAACUGCCGUGCAGUACGAUCGCCCUCCACGUGUCGAAGGCGAAGCCAAGUACAGCUUCUUGAAAUCGUUGCGGCUGGCAAUCGAUGGAUUGCUGGCGUUCUCAAAUCUGCCGCUCCGGUUGUCGCUGUUCGCCGGCGCUACCGUGUUGGCAGUGACCGGUGUUGGACUGCUAGACAGUCUUGCCAGUCGACUGAUUGGCACCUACUCCGGUUGGGGACUCGGCCUGGGAACCCUGGGCACGUGGUUCAUCGGCGGCGUGCAGCUCGUGUGCCUGGGUGUGGUUGGCGAGUACCUGAACCGGAUCUACGAGGAAGUGCGAAAUCGGCCCCGCUGGAUUGUUUCCGAGACGCUCGGCAGCAAGCAGAAGCAAGUAUCUGUAGGAACCAAACUCCGCAAAGCGGGAUGA